AUGAAGUUUAGCAAGGUUUGCGCUGUUUUGGCAAGUGCAUUGUGCGUUUCAGCACAGGAUAGCACAGGUGCUAGUGCUGGUACUGGUACCAGUACAGCCAGUGGAGCAAGCUCCACUGGUUCUAGCAGUGGUAAUGGGACUCUACCAGCCAUUGAAAUCAAAGGUAAUGCGUUCUUUGACUCGAGUUCUGGUGAACGUUUCUACAUCCGUGGUGUCGACUACCAGCCAGGUGGAUCCUCGAACCUUACAGAUCCGCUAGGUGAUGAGACUGUGUGCUCAAGAGAUAUUCCAUACUUCAAGGAACUUGGUUUGAACACAAUCAGAGUGUACACGAUCGACAACUCGCUCGACCAUACUGCAUGCAUGAAGCUUUUGGACGAAGCGGGCAUAUACUUGAUCUUGGACUUGAACACUCCUGGUGCCUCCAUUUCCAGGUACAGACCAGAGUGUUCGUACAAUGCUGAUUACUUGCAAAGUGUGUUUGCUACAGUGGAUGAAUUUGCGAAAUUUGACAACACGUUGGGUUUCUUUGCCGGUAAUGAAGUGAUCAACAGCGAAAACACAACAAACACCGCAGUGUACGUCAAAGCCACCGUGAGAGACAUCAAGAAGUACUUGAAGGCCAGAAACUACAGAAAGGUUCCUGUCGGGUACUCUGCUGCCGAUGUGUCCUCGAACCGUCUCCUUGCUGCUGAGUAUUUCAACUGUGGUGAUGAUGCAGAUGCUCGUAUUGAUAUGUUCGGUGUCAACGAUUACUCGUGGUGUGGUUCUUCUUCUUUCCAAGUGUCUGGUUAUGCUCAAAAAAUGCAACUGUACAAGAACUACUCCAUUCCUAUUUUCUUGAGUGAGUACGGUUGUAACAAGGUCCCAGGUUCUAGACCUUUCACCGAAGUUACUGCCAUUUACUCGGACUUGAUGUCGUCUGUGUUCUCUGGUGGGCUUGUGUACGAAUACUCUCAAGAGGAUAACAAGUACGGUCUAGUUCAGAUCGACGGCGACAGUGUCACCGAGUUGCAAGACUACAAGAACUUGAAGGCCGAGUUCCAAAAAGUUCAAAAUCCUCAGGGUGACGGUGGUUACUCUGAAAACAACAAGUACUCUGAUUGUCCAGCAUACGAGAAGGGUAUUUGGGAAUCCAACAGCACCUUGCCAAGCAUGCCUGAUGCUGCUUCCGCUUACUUCAAGUCUGGUGCAGGGUCUCCGUUGGGUACUGGUGUCAUCACUCAAGAAAUGUGUGACAAGGAAGACGAUGAUGACAGUUCCUCUUCUUCAGUAACUGCCACAGCUACAUCCACCUCUAAGUCUGCUUCUGCUUCUUCUCACUCUUCCUCAGCGUCAGGUUCAGCUUCUCACUCUGGCUCCGCUUCAUCCACUAGUUCCACUUCCAAGUCUAAGGGUAUUGCUGGGUCCGUCGAAGCUCCAUUAGCAUACGGAAUCAUGGCUUUCUUUUCCUUCUUGAUUUAG